AAACUCCUCCAUGUGCAUCGGAUCAGUUCCUGUGUGGAAAUGGCCGCUGUAUUGGUCAGCGUAAGGUUUGUAAUAACAUCAAGGACUGUGAAGACGGGACUGAUGAGCAUCCACACCAGGACUGUCGCUCCAAGUCAAGUGAAGAAAACUGUAAUGUUAACAAUGGAGGCUGCUCGCAGAAAUGCCAGAUGUCUCGAGGUCUGGUGCAGUGCACUUGUCACACCGGCUACACGUUAACUCAGGACGGGAAGACAUGCAGAG